AUGGAAAAUGUCAAAAUGAGAAUUGUCCACACCAUUCUUCUCCUGACAGUGCUCCUUCUCAUAACAACCUCCAUUGCAUCCGCUGCUGUCCAGCAAUCCUCCAUCACCAUUCCACCCUAUUCAUGGACCUACAACAGUAAAACUUGUUCCUACGGAUUCUACAACAUCACUGUUAAUGGUUAUUCCUAUUCCUCCAAUUCGUACCUCGAACUCUAUCGCACCUCAAUCCUUGGAUCGAAUCCACGUCUCACUGGCUUUAAAGUCUACUCCUACAAUGAAGAUGAAAUUACAGUUCCCAAUAUUAAGUAUUAUUACGCUCUUUAUAAUUCAGCAAGUUGGAGUCAAACGGUCACUUUCACAGUCACUCAAACCAUGGAAUCUGUUUCGAGCGUGAAUGAAAUGAGUGAUUCCAUUCCGGCUGGACAAGUCAAAUUGUUUCAAUGUACAGGUUGUUUGUACUCUACCGAUACUUAUGCGGAAUUACUAAUUAGGAGAAGGAGUUCUUACUCUAGUUUCAAUGUGGAUCUUGCAUUUUCUACCAAAUACCCAACCGAUCCAAAUUCUAUAUAUAGUUAUGUUUAUCGAUCAUCUAAUAUAUAUGUCUCAAACAGCUAUUAUUAUAGUAGCACUUCGGAAAGAUAUAUUGGAUCUGACUAUUCUUCUCGUACUCUUUAUAUCUAUGUCAAAUGUCAAAGCACUUUAACUUGUUACUUUGAGUUGACUCUAAAGAGUUCUAGUUAUAGCUCUGGCGGAGGAUCACUUUCACCCUCUUCAGCAGAAUCCAUGGUUUGGACCAUUAUUGGUUCAGUGAUUGGCGUAGUGGCUUGUAUUUUAAUUCUCGCCAUCACCAUUACACUUUCCAUUUGUGCAAGAAGAAGAAGAAGACUCUAUCUAUUAAGUACCACGGGAAAUCCAAAUGUUGCAACCGUUGUGGCCACAACUGCCAUGGAAGAACGCACCACUGGAACCACCACCUAUGUUCAACCACCACCAACAACCAUGCCUGUCGUGUCCACUACCUAUGUACAACCACCACAACCUCCUUCACAACCAAUGAUUCAGGCAGGUGUAGUUCUUCCACCAGGAAAUGCCUCAAGUGGUGCUUUUUAUCCACCUCAACAAGCACCUCAACAACCUGGUUAUGGAAUGUAUUACCCAAAUCCACAAAUUCCACUCAACGUUCAAGCAGGAGGUGGAACUGGAGUGUAUUAUCAACCACCACCUUCCAUUCCAUCAUCGAAUGCGGUGGUAAAUAUGAACGCAACAACAAACAUGGAAACACAGAAUUAUCCAACCACCACAAAUGGCGGUGGAAUUUAUGUUCCUCCUUCACAUUCCAACCAAAAUGAUGGACCAAUUCCAGCAUUUAAUCCAAAUGCGGAUAAGGUUUAA